AUGCCCUUGAGAGUCUUUGGUCCGGAUGGUGUUGGGGAUGUUCGGCUAGCUCUCAAGGCAUUGAACUAUGCCGUGGAGAACGGUGCUGAUCUGUCGUCGCAUUCGUAUGGGAGCUCAGAUUUCAGUGCGACAUUUCGAGUGGCGAUAUCGAGAGCCGCUGAGAAGGGCCAUCUGGUCGUUGCUGCUGCUGGAAAUGAAGGUCGCGACAUGAGCGUUGAUAAAGUGUAUCCUUGCGCCUUCACUGAGCAGAUCGAUAUGUUAUGUGUGGCCUCUAGUGGCAAGCGGUCGAAUGAUCGCCUCGCUCCUCAUAGUAACUAUGCCGCCUUUGUUGAUAUCGCAGCUCCUGGAGAGGAAAUACCAUCGACUUACCCGAACAAUGAGUACGUUUACAUGACUGGUACCUCAAUGGCUACUCCACACGUCACUGGUGUUGCGGCACUUCUGUACGCCUUGGGUCUUUCUAGAGAGGAUGUGAGUAAUUCUAUUCUGGCCUCCACUGAUGUUCUCACUACUGGUCUUGGAAGCAAGAACCCUUAUUUCGGUCGAUUGAAUGCUGCGAAAGCCGUCGAAGUCGCUCUGAGUAAGCCCACCAUUCUCGCAAGGGAAUCUCGUUCGGUUGGCGGGGACGAUUGUAUUCCUAAGACGUCGGCGGCUGGGCCUGUUGGCAACAGUCUUACUGCCGUCUUCCUGUUCUCGGUGUUCUAUGCACUUUUUUAA